AUGUUACGUUCAGCAGUGUUCAUUUUCCUGGCCUUGACCCGCUGCAUCGCAGCACAGAAUGAUACCAACUUAACCACUAGCAGCGUACAAGAAGCAUUCUCGAACGCCAAGAUUGUGCCUGAUGUUUUACCAUCCUUCCAGCCGACUGCCCUGUUAAAUGUGACGUUCACGGAUCAAGCAACGGGCGCUCUUCUGUCAGUUUCUCCUGGGAUGAACUUGACCAUGGAGCAGACCAUGCUGGAGCCUACGUUCGCCGUCACUGCCAAUAGUAGCGAUAGUCUGGCUGAGCAGAUAUUCGUCCUCGCCAUCGUUGAUCCAGACGCUCCAACUCCGCAGAACACCUCGAUUUCUCAAUUCCGUCAUAUGCUUGCAGGAGACCUACAUGUGAAUGCCAGCAGUGGCGGUGCCCUGGUGAACUCGAGUGCUGCGCUAACGGACUUUGUUAACCCUACACCACCAGCUGGUUCGGAUCCCCACAGAUAUGUCAUUCUUCUGUUCACGCAGCCGCCGACUUUCAAUGUAACGGCGUCCACCUUGGUCAAUGCUUCAACUCCCCGAACCAAUUUCAACCUGACCGCAUUUGGUCAAGCUGUAGGCUUGGGUAGCCCAGUUGCUGGAAACUUCUUCUUCACAGGUCCUUCUGAUUCCACCGGUACGACGAGUGGGAGUGGUUCUGCACCAGCCCCUACUACGAGCGAUACGGGCUCAUCCUCAUCAGGUGCCAGUGCGGUUGAGAAGCUGGUGCCAGUAGGUGGCAUCUGGACCGUUUUCAUGGGCGCCAUUGCAAUCAGCUAUUUUCUCUGAAGAUAAAUGGAAAUGGAAACGUCUCAAUAAGUUGUAGCGGAGAAAAACUGGGCCUCAUUUCUUCACUAGCCGUUGACCGUAGUAAACUGUAGGACUAUACUUUUUAGCGACAGAAGCGAUUUCCAUAUCUGGUAGUAUUUGUGUAUGUAGUUUGUGCGCUUACAUCAGCGUGUCCUGCAUU